AUGGAUGUUGAAAUUGCCCCUUAUGCACCCAGAAGCAUUCUAGAAACGCUGCCGUGCAGCCUCCCAAUAUCAUGGUUCGAUAUUUCCCUAGACUUCGAUGCAAUAGCCGCUCCACUUGUUGAAUCACUACGGCAUCUCGAUCCAGCUGAUCUCUCUGACGAGUCCAUCUGGCGAGAUACAUUUGCUCUCACGGGGACCUUGAGAACGUUUUACUCUGCACCUUCGAUUGCCAAUGCUUGGGCCCAGACUUGUGCGAUCCGACAAGCAGGAGGCUUUUCUUUGAUCUCGGGCUCAGCUAAACCUACACGUCUGGACAAGGACAUUGGAUGGGUCAACGUGGCCUUCGCAUUCCGAAAUGGUGGAAGUCCUGCAUCAACAUGUUCGGGGUUUCUGUCCCUGGUCCAAGAUGAGAAUUCAAGGUGGAGAAUAUGGAUGAUCAGGACUAUUCUAGAACAGCUGGAAGGCUGCGCCGAUGUCGACAAACUGACGCCUGUUGACGAGCUCUCACAACCGGCACGCAAGGGCACUAAUGGAAUCAACCCACUCCCUUCAUCACAACCUGUUGACUGCGUGAUCGUUGGAGCCGGUCAGGCCGGCCUCGGUACGGCAGGACGGCUCCAAGCUCUCGGCAUUUCCUAUAUUGUUCUCGAGAAGCACGCUCAGAUCGGUGAUAACUGGAUGACUCGGUAUGAUUCAGCGAGACUGCACACCGCCCGUGAGUAUAAUCAUUUACCAUUCGAUCGUACAUUUCCACUCCCUUACCAAGAAUUCCUCACAAAGUAUGAUCUGGCGAAGGGAUAUAGGGAUUGGAUCUAUAAGUUUGGUAUCGACCAAAAUAUCUGGUUCAGAACUGUCUUGCAGUCUGGAACCUGGAACGAGACUGAGAAGCUGUGGACUCUUCGCAUCAACCAUCCCGGCGGUGAGGAGACCAUCCAGACUCGACAUGUGAUCAUGGCAGUGGGUGGCGGAGGUCAGGACCCUAUCAUGCCCACCUACCCCGGCCGAGAGGAUUUCCAAGGAACAGUGCUCCAUUCAGCAGACUAUCAAUCAGCAGAUGCCUUGAAAGGCAAAGCCGGCAUCAUCAUAGGCACAGCCAACACAGCACACGAUGUCGCGGAAGACAUGGUCGAAGCAGGCCUCUUGAACAUCACGAUGGUCCAGCGGACUCGCACAUAUGUCCUCCCGUGCGAAUACUUCAAGGCCAUCAGUGAUCGUUCAUACAAUGCCGACGUGCCGACCGUGGACGCCGACCGCGAAGGUUAUUCGAUGCCGUACGCCGUGACGAGACUCCUCAGCCACAAGGCCCUGCAUGCGAUGGCGAGAAACCAGCCCGAAAGAUUUGAUGCCCUGGAGCGUGCGGGCUUUCGCUGCGAGCGCUACGGGGACAUCAUGUGGCAUAUCCUCGAAAAACUCGGCGGCCAUUACAUGGACGUCGGGUGUUCGGAGAAGAUCGCCAAUGGCCUUAUCAAGAUGAAAUCCGGCGCACUCGCCACGCAUUACACGCGCACGGGGCUGGGAUUCAGUGACGGCACCGAAAUUCCUGCAGAUGUCAUUGUGUUCUGCACGGGAUUCGUGGGAAAUAUGCGCACCAACGUUGCUAAACUCUUUGGUCAGGGUGUCGCUGACUCGGUCGAUGAUUUUUGGGGUUUGGAUGACGAGGCUGAGCUGAAAGGGGCGUUCAAGGCAACAGGCCGUGAGUGUUCUCCUCCCCACCCUCACUCAGCAAACGUUUCUUAUGGUGGUACCAUCUACCAGGAUCUCUCUUUCAAUAUAUAA